AUGGAAAAUAAUCCAAGCUUAUAUCAUCAGGAAAUUUUUGGUAACUCAUUUAUAACGUUAUUUCCAUGGAUGACAAUCGAUAAUAAUACCACUGAUAAAUUUAUCACCGCUUUAACUCUUGAUAUUCUUAAUCCACAUCCAUAUAUGAUUGCAAAAGUUCAAAUUAGCUAUCAGAAUGGAUCAAAAGGAAAUUUAACUGAAAUGACAUAUGACAUUAAGCCAUAUACACAUCAUAAGUUAAAAAUGAAUGAAUUAAUGAUGACAAAGUUUCAUGAUCCAUAUGAUAUUGGCAUUUAUAAAAGUGAUUACGAUUCACGAAUUAUGAUAACAUCCACUAUUCCGAUAUCUGUUACCCAGGGUUGUUUUGCUAAUAAUAAAAUUGGUGACAGUUUUACAGGUAUUUUACGCAAUCAUCAUUCCAGUGUAAAAUGA